AUGGGACCAUUCCCGACCUGCGACAUCGCGCGAAAGCACCGAUACCGCUACCACUCCGUCCCUAUACCAUUCCUGAUUGGUGGGAACGAGUACGUUGUAGGCCAAUCCGAUGGACAUUAUUCGUGCCCGCUCCCGGAGUGUAAGUUCAUUUCCAAAAAGCGUGAAGCUAUUCAGAAGCACAUCAACGUCGCACACAACGCAUCAGUCAAAAUCAAGGUCUUUGAUGCUCCUGAGUGUCUUGUGGCCUCCAAACAGGUUCUCGAUCAGGACAGCGGUGUCCGCGAUGGGACUGGCAACCUCAUAUGCCCAGAGGAUGUCUGGUCCGACGAUUUAGUCCCAGAAGGUCCAUCCCGUGAGGAUGUCUGCAGCAGAGAUCCUUCCUUUGAUAUGGACUCCAGCACUGUCUCAUUGUCGCCAUCAGUAGACUACUUGAUGUCCAACGAGGUUCUAGAUUCUCUCGGCGUGUGCUUUCACAGCCAUUUGAGGUUCCUUAUCUGCUACUCGUGCAAGGUCGCAUUGACCUCCGGGAUGGUUUCUGGACACAGGAAAAAGCACCAUCAUGCGUAUCAGGUACCUUCAUCCACCAUGGAGUCAUUCCUGGACUAUUGUUCGCGGUCAAAUGUUUACGAGAAGCCAGAGCAUGUCAAGCUACCAACAGCAGGUGGACCACCUGUACAGAUGAUUGCGUCCCCCGUUGAAGGUUUUUCAUGCACUGCAUCCGCUGAUUGCGUGUAUGCCGUGAAGGAUUUAGGAACCAUUCAGCGCCAUAGUAGAGAGAAGCACAGCGUUACCGGCUUACAGGAGAUCCAGUAUCGGUCUUGUCUGGUCCAACAUAUCUUUACUGCUGUUGGCAACUCGUAUUUCGAGGUUGGGCAAAACGUCAUUCCAUCUGCGAGACCCAAUCUCAAAUCCACGCUUAAGGCUACAUUCCUACCUGCAGUUGAGCUUUCAUUGGUCGUUCCAGCCAAUACCGAACGGGAGAGGACUCCCCUGAUACGCUUCAUGGGUUGGGACAGGUUCGAGGUAGAACUCCGGAUGAAUCCAGCCCGGAGGCGGGCAGCGGAACAAAUCAAAAAAAAGCAUAGCGAUGAUGAAUUUGGCGGAAUUCUGACCCGUCUCGCUGCUGCAGUGCAAGACCACAUGGCUAGGGCAUCGACCAUCUUGGAUGGUCAUCCUCAUAGGUUGAGCCUGUCUAAAAUACUGUUGUAUGGUGACGCAAUACCGCGAGAAACGGACAAUCAUUGGAGGCCUGUGUCGGAUGAAAACGUCGAGUAUCCAGGCUUCAUUGUUCAAUUCAUGAGGGCGAUCAUGCGCGUUCACCUCGGAUUCCCAUUGGAUUUCUCGUUCGAGCUGUCUGCUGCGCAGACCCUGUGUCUCGAGGAACUUGUGACUGUGCUGGGCGACGAGAAUGCCUCCCCACGAAAGAGGAUGAUUUUCUACCAUAAUUUGGCGUGGUCCCUAGUCGAUACCGAUCCAGAUUUGUGCGUGGGCCAGCGAUGGGCAAACCCUAUCAAACGAGCCAUCUGGCUCAGGGCGUUGCGUGCGGACGGAAACUUCUGUGAAGCGUCCGUCCUCACACCAGAUCUUGCAAAGUUUAAAUAUCUUUGCAACGUCACAUCCCUCCUUGAGGCGCUGAUGGACAAAGACGAGGAUACGGACUCAGUACAUUCAGACGACCAUGACCGCGUUGCUCGUGUUCAUGAUCGGGUGCUACGCCUCGGCCGUCCGACUACGUUCAACAUCAUCUAUGAGAUGCAGCAAUAUGCGUCCUCUUUGGUGUUUAGUCAAACCAGAGAACCCAAUGUCUAUGUCGAUCCAGACGUCAAGUCCAUCACGAUAGGCGUCCACACCAUGCACAUGGACAAGCUGAGAGACGGGAUACAAAGGCUCCUCCAGGUGUCAAAGUCGCGCUAUUCCGCCCUCACCAAUGACAUUUUCAUGUUGAAGAUGGUGCCAGAGCAGGUCAAGGACGACCUCACCAACUCUACUCGUGGCUAUUCGCUCGUAUCGGAGGACCCCUUUUUUAAAAAUCGCCACGCCAUGUUCUUUUACUUGGUUGAUCACUACGACCUGGCAAUGGUCGACAACGCAGGACGAAUCGCAUGGAACAUCCCCGGCAUCAAGGAUCUGCUCAGACGCUCGUCAUGCGUCUGGGAGCCCAUCUACCAUCUUCUGUACAUCACCACUCACAUCUCAUGUCGCGGAACCCAGUUCGUAGACCACAAAAUCAGCAAUUCGGACAGGCAUCGCAACCUCUUCAUGCAGGGGAUGGAGAUGUUCCUCCUGACAGCUUACAGCAAAAGGACCGGCAUUACUGAUCGAGACUCAUGCACCCCAGGGUUCGUUCCGAAGGACAUCGCAUUCUUGGUGCUCGAAAUGAUUGCAGGGGGGUUGCGCACCGCCGAAGCCAUCCUUGCUGGGGUUGCAUAUGGAGCAGAGGCCGAGCAUCUGUACAGAACGUACCUCUGCGUCGGUGAGGGCGUGAGGACAAGUCCUACAAGGUUUUCCGCCAACAUUCAGCAGUGGAACCAUGAUUACUUCGACUGUCGAUGGGGAGUCAGGGAUUUCCACCAGGGCGCGAUUACCAUUGGUCGUGAAUUCAUCGCUCCAGACGACUCUUAUGAUCAAGCCGACAACAUCCUCGCUGAAUCCGCAGAUCACUCCACUGGUGUGGACCAUACACACUACGGCAUCGUCCAAGGAGUCGUCCCUAGAUUGUCCAACAACAGCAUGUGCAAGCACAGAUGGCUUGGAGAUCAGUGGCACAGUGUCCUUGGUCUUGGCCCCCUUGCGCCUCCAGAGGCAAUAAGAAUCAGGCACAAGAAUAUGUCUAACGGGACGACGCUCCAGGCCAUCGCAGAUGUGGUCAAGAAGACCACGCAAGAAACUAUCAAAGAGUUUUUGGACGCACACCGCACUGACGUCUUGAAGGACACAAUUUCUACAGCCAUAAUCAAACAGCUAAAAGACGCGACAGAUGAUGCACCGGAAAUUUCAUCGCCACUUCCAACAACAUGGAACGGGGGAUCGUUUCACUUGAGCAGUAAUUUGGACGCCAUGUUCUAUGAAGAAAGCGAAGGUAUCCGGCGAGACCCUGCUUCCUCAUCAGGUCCCAGUGGGUACAAUAACAACAGUGUUAACGCGUCCCCUGUUGUUGUGUCGCCCACUGCAAGUGGUUAUAUUCAAUGCGGAGAAAUGCUUUCGGACUCCCCACUCCCAGUAUCGUCGAUAACGAGCAUCUCACAGACCGAAUACAUAGAAGGGUCCACGACAUUCUCCGACGUGGUCCCAACAACGCAUCAGUCCGAGUUUCCUCCAUUCAAAGAUCGCAAAGGGAAGGGCAGAGCUUAUGAAACACCAGAACCUCCAUUGGUUGAUGGCGUCAUGUCGUCGUCUAUAUCUCCUAUCGCAGACAUCAAAGGGAAACGGAAGCGUGGCGACUAUGAGAACAUCCAUUCUCGAGCAUUCGCCAAUCCAGCUAGAGCGUCCAGAAGAAAACACGCGCCUCGCAGUGUCUCGCAUCACAAUUCCAUCCCAUCUACGUCCGGUUCAUACCCAGUCACACCAACUGCACACCGCGCACGGAAGUACGCACCACGGGUCAAACUAUCAUUAGAACGCGUCGCGGAAUCGACGAAACACGUUCGCAGGUUGUCUUCGGAGGUGAUGGAUAUCUCCAGCGACGAGGAGUUGUCCAGUCUUGAUACUAUACAGCUGAAACGCCUUCGUGGGUCGAGAACAUCAGUACCCCAGGUGCCUGUGGAGGUCAUCAGCCUCUCUAGCAGCGGUGAGGACUCGAGCCCAGACGAGAACAUGCCUAUCAAACGUCUUCGUAAGACCGCAGCAUCAGUCCAACAGAUGCCGAUCGAUGCAGCUAGCUUGUUUUCUGGCGAAUGCAGCCCAUCAAAACGUGCAGUCACUAGUUUUGGUACACCAGCAUCGCCCCCAAGCGCCGUUCAGGACGUUCAAGAGAACAUUAGACGAGCGAUCAGACACAUCAGGAAGGACGAUAGUGCAACAGAAAAGACCCCCGAUCAGAUGGACAUGCUAAUGGCAGUAAUGUCAGCACAUACGGACCUCGUCAUCACGAUGAGGACAGGAGGCGGCAAGAGCAUGUCGUGGAUGAUUCCAUCAGUGAUGGAUGAAAAUUCCAGGUCUAUUGUGGUGUGCCCGUUCGUAGCUCUGCUGGACCAACAGUUCAUGGCUACCGCGUCUACUGGACUACGUUGCCACAACUACUGCGUCUCCAAGGUCGUUCCGGAGAAUGCACAGAUUUUCUUCCUUGUAUCUCCACUCGGACGGAAGUUCAACAGGGUGUUUGUAGACGAAUUCCACGACAUCAUGAACUGUCAUCCAGGACGAGUUGUUCCAUGGAAAAAUCUCGCGCAGCAAUUCGGAAAGACGCUAAUCAGGAUUGUGCUUAUGACAGGGACGGGACCACCGCACCGUAUCGCAAAUUUCAUCAAACCAUUUGGAUUGCAUCUUGGCAUCGUCACGCAAGUUCGGUCGGAUACAAAUCGUCCAGAGAUCGGGAUGCAUGUCAUACAAAUACAGCCUAUCGCGGCCAUGCAGUCUCUGGGACACCUCGUCUCCGCUCUAUGCAAACUACUUGCUGAGGAGGAACGUAUUCUGGUUUUCUGCGGCUCCCAGGGGGACGCACAAGCAUUCGCAGUGAAGGCCAAUUGUGCGGUUUAUCAUAGCGAUCUCUGGGAGGCUGGAAAUAGCAGAGCAUCUAACCUUUCUCGGUGGGAUUCAGGCGAUACAAAGGUGAUGGCAUGCACCACAGCAUUUGCCCAGGGUAUGGACAGGCCUCACGUCCGAUAUGUUGUGAUCUUUAAACCUUCGUACGGCCUUCUCGUCAACAACCAGAUGCUCGGUCGUGCAGGCAGAGACGGAAAGGAGUCUCACGUAUUUUUCCUUACUGACAGACGAGCGAAGACAUACAGAGGACCACCGACUGAUCAAUGUAUCGGAGAGUUGGACGAUCUAGUACACGGUACGGAAUGUCGGCGCUUCGCCAACAUGACCUGCAUGGAUGGCCACAACCUCGCUGUGCGGUGCACGGAUUACCCUCCAGGGAUCCAUUGCGACGUUUGUGAUCCGAACAGCGUCAUGCAGCGAUUGUCCAUUCAGGCAAUAGCAAACCCAUUCAGGCCACCCGAGGCAUCCGAGCAUGCAGUCACCCCAGUUUUUGCAAGUGGAUCUAUGCUUCAAGCACCCACGCAUGCUCCUCCGCCCUUAUCUACUGGAUUUGUGCCAGUGUCGUCGCUUCUUUCGAUGAAUAUGAUUUCCCACACGAUCACCCCACAGCCUUCUCAGUCGAGCGAUGCUUUGUACGACGCGGGUGCAUUAGAGCUCACUUCAUUUCAGGCUUUGAUGCUCGACUCCAUGGAGGAAAUCCAUGGUAAGGGUAAUGGUGAAUCUUCAGACAAGUCAUAUACGACCAAAUCGCAGCCAUCUCUAGGAAGGGCCGUCCAUAUCGAGACUCCAUCGACCUCAUCGCUUCCCAGUGUGUCUCGUACAUUCGUAUCACGAGCGAGCGCAGUAAACACCUCACUUCAUAACCGUCUCUCCAGCACUGCCCGCCUGGACAAGUACAUGAAGGUCUUAAAGGACAAGUGUCCGUCACAUUUUGGUAAUGGCGGUUGUCUUGUCCCAGCAGCCAAUCACAGAAACGGGGAGGAACCAGCAUGCCAUGCAGGCUUUUCGUACCGUAAAGGUGAAAAAUGUCCAUUCGCUGGGUUCAUUUUCAAGGCGGUAUUUUGCAUGUGGCACAACCCAGGAUUUCGACAGUUAAUGAUAAACGAGAUCGGCGAAGGAGCAUCUUUGGCGAGCUAUGAGGACUUCGUGGCAUGGAUUGUGAAAGAUUCCACGGAUGCAGGAAGGUACAAUAAUUUGGUAGAAGCAUUUCUCUGGUUUUGCAGCGGUCUUGAGAAGGUCAAUCCCAAGUUUUUUGAUUGA